AAAAAAAAUUAACAGAGCAAAAUACUCCUCUAAGUUAUUGAAGGGGAAACAAUCAUUCCCUUUCCCCUUUAUCAAAUCCCCCAAACAUUCUAAAACUCCCUUCUUUUCAAUUCCCUCCUCCUAACCAAACCCAAAAAAUGGUGAAUCUGAUUCCCAAGUCCCCAGAAAAUGAACUGACAAAUGAUCAGUUAAUAGAGGAAACAAACAGGGUAUUGGGGUUAGGGAAAGGGAAUGGGAAAAAACAGGGGAAAAGGUUUGCAGUACUAUUAUGUGCAGAUGAUUCAGAGUAUGUGAAGAAGAAAUACGGAGGGUAUUUUGGGGUUUUCGUAAGAAUGUUAGGGGAAGAAGGAGAAAAAUGGGAUGUUUACAAAGUAGCAAGAAAUGAAUUCCCUAAAGAAGAGGAAUUAGGAAUGUAUGAUGGUUUUGUUAUUACUGGAAGUUGUAGUGAUGCUCAUUCUAAUGAUGUUUGGAUCUGUAAACUCGUUAAUCUACUCAAGAAUCUCGACUCUUUGAAGAAGAAAGUUCUUGGCAUCUGCUUUGGUCAUCAGGUAUUGGGCCGAGCAUUGGGAGGAAAGAUUGGGCGGGCUAGUUCGGGUUGGGACAUUGGGCUUAGAACAAUUAAGUUCUCAUCUUCAUCAAAUAAACUCAUCUCAAAUCUCAAAAUUCCUUCUACGCUCAACAUAAUCGAAUGCCACCAAGAUGAGGUGUUAGAACUUCCUCCCAAAGUUGAAGUGAUAGGUCGGUCCAACAAAACUUCAAUUGAGAUGUUUAAAUAUGGUGAUCAUAUGAUGGGCAUUCAAGGUCAUCCCGAGUACAACACGGACAUUCUUCUACACCUAAUCGAUCGCCUUCUACAAAAGAGUUUUAUCGUGGAUGCUUAUGCUAAUGAGUUGAGGGCUAAGUUUAUGGAGUUGCGUGAUCCGGACAAGGAAGCUUGGAGAAAGCUUUGUGUCAAUUUUCUUAAGGGAAGAUUGUGAUAGUAAUUAAAUUAAGCCAUGAUUAGUGUUCUACAUUCAUGUAUUAGCAAAAUUAAAUAAAUUAGUGAGGAAAGAUCAAAUUUUUUAGAUGUAUAUAUUUGGUGUUAUGAACUACGUAUUUACUUGAUUACAUACUACUUGUAAGUUGUGUAACAAGUAUAAUUAGUUCCGAGGAAUUGAAUGAGGCAAGGUUGUAUUACCAACUUACCAUUAGGUAUCACAUGUUAUUUAGAGAGAUUUCUCUUGAAAUUAUGAAAUUUCCAGACUCUUAGCUUGA